CAGGCGCAGUUUCGCAAUUACACGGCGGAAAGGAGGAGAGGGAGGGGGGGAAUGAUUAAUCUGUCAAAGGCGAAUUUGUGUUCGGAAUGAGACCACUUUGACAUUCAACCGUGUAGCAAGGCCCACAAGCGAACACAGUUAAUGCACAGGAAUUUGAGAUCAAGUCGACGCAUCGCCAUCGCAGGUGGCGCUCGUGUACUCGUCCUGGGUUGUCUUGGCUGCCUGAUUUGUGCGUCUUUUCAGCACUGGACAGCGACAGGGACCAGCGGGCACAGAACACACUGAGGGAAUCCUGAGGCGGGUCGGUCCGACCCUCGCUUAGCUCGCGGCAAUGCUCGGCUAGAUGACUUCGCUACAUCACCAGUCACCGCGGUAUCCUGGACUAAUAUAGCAGCGCCACAUCCCUCCGCCUCCUUCUGCAUUCGCUGAUCCCGAGUCCCUCUGUCUAAAGGCACCAUGGGAAACCGUGGCAUGGAGGAGCUGAUCCCGCUGGUCAACAGGCUGCAGGAUGCCUUCAGCUCCAUCGGUCAGGCCUGCAACCUGGACCUGCCGCAGAUCGCAGUGGUCGGCGGCCAGAGCGCAGGAAAGAGCUCAGUGUUGGAAAACUUUGUAGGCAGGGACUUUCUGCCUCGCGGAUCUGGUAUUGUCACCCGCAGGCCCCUGGUGCUGCAGCUUAUCAGUGCCACUGCAGAAUGGGCUGAAUUCCUCCACUGCAAAGGGAAAAAGUUCACAGACUUUGAUGAGGUUCGACAGGAAAUUGAGUCAGAGACGGACCGCGUCACGGGGGCCAACAAAGGCAUAUCUCCCGUCCCCAUCAACCUGCGAGUUUGCUCCCCUCAUGUACUAAACCUGACUCUCAUCGACCUGCCGGGGAUCACAAAGGUGCCUGUUGGAGACCAGCCUGCAGACAUCGAGCAGCAGAUCAGGGACAUGAUCAUGCAGUUCAUCACCAGAGAAAGCUGCUUGAUCCUUGCGGUUACCCCAGCUAAUACUGAUUUGGCCAACUCAGAUGCCCUGAAGCUGGCGAAGGAUGUUGACCCCCAGGGUCUGAGGACUAUUGGUGUGAUCACCAAAUUGGAUUUGAUGGAUGAGGGCACGGAUGCACGAGAUGUAUUGGAGAAUAAACUGCUGCCGUUGAGAAGAGGUUAUAUCGGAGUGGUCAACCGCAGUCAGAAGGACAUUGAUGGCAAGAAAGACAUUAAGGCAGCUUUGGAGGCAGAGAGGAAAUUCUUCUUAUCCCACCCAUCUUACAGGCACAUUGCUGAUAAAAUGGGCACCCCACGCCUGCAGAAAGUGCUCAAUCAGCAACUGACCAACCACAUCCGAGACACCUUGCCAGCUUUCCGCAGCAAGCUGCAGUCCCAGCUGUUGGCUCUGGACAAGGAGGCAGAAGAAUACCGGGGAUAUCGACCUGAUGACCCGUCUCGCAAAACCAAGCAGCUGUUGCAGAUGGUGCAGCAGUUUUCUGUGGAUUUUGAGAAGAGGAUUGAGGGUUCAGGAGAUCAGGUGGACACGGUGGAGCUAUCUGGUGGAGCAAAAAUCAACCGCAUCUUCCAUGAGCGUUUCCCCUUUGAACUGGUCAAGAUGGAGUGUGAUGAGAAAGAGAUGCGGCGUGAAAUCAGUUAUGCCAUAAAGAACAUCCACGGUAUCAGGACUGGACUUUUCACCCCAGACAUGGCAUUUGAGGCCAUUGUGAAGAAGCAGAUUAUAAAGCUGAAGGAGCCUUGUGUCAAGUGUGUGGACAUGGUUAUCCAAGAGCUCAUUAACACUGUGCGCCAGUGCUCCAACAAGUUGGAAUGCUACCCAACGCUGCGUGAGGAAACUGAGAGAAUUGUGACUUCUCAUAUCAGAGACAGAGAGAGUCGGGCUAAGGACCAGGUUUUGCUGUUAAUUGACAUCCAGGUCUCUUACAUCAACACAAACCACGAGGACUUCAUUGGCUUUGCUAAUGCGCAGCAGAGGAGCAGUCAGACUAAUAAGAGCCAGAGUUCUGCAGGAAAUCAGGUGAUCCGCAAAGGCUGGCUGACCAUCAACAACAUCAGCAUCAUGAAGGGAGGUGCCAAGGAGUACUGGUUUGUGCUGACUGCUGAGAGCCUCUCCUGGUUCAAGGAUGAUGAGGAGAAGGAGAAAAAGUACAUGCUCCCACUGGACAACCUGAAGGUCCGCGAUGUGGAGAAGAGUUUCAUGUCCAGCAAGCACAUAUUCUGCAUUUUCAAUACAGAAUCAAGAAACGUGUAUAAGGACAAUCGAACCCUGGAGUUGGCAUGUGACUCUCAGGAUGAUGUGGACAGCUGGAAAUCUUCUCUCCUUCGUGCUGGAGUCUAUCCUGAGAAGACCACUACGGUUGAGAGUGAGACCACGAGCACCACAGAUAACUUCUCCAUGGACCCUCAGCUGGAGCGUAAAGUGGAAACCAUCCGGAACCUGGUGGACUCCUACAUGGCUAUUGUCAACAAGUGUAUCCGGGACCUUAUCCCUAAGACCAUCAUGCAUCUCAUGAUCACCAAUGUGAAGGAGUUCAUCAAUGCAGAGCUACUGGCCCAGCUGUAUUCUGCAGGUGACCAGAACGCCCUGAUGGACGAGUCUCAGGAGCAGGCCCAGAGGAGGGAUGAGGUGCUGAGGACUCACCAGGCCCUGAAGGAGGCCUUGGCCAUCAUUGGUGACAUCUCCACAUCCACUGUCACUGUCCCCCUGCCUCCGCCUGUCGACACAUCCUGGGUGGGAGGAUCCAGUGGUGGUCGCAGGUCUCCUCCUCCCAGCCCCACUGCCCCCAGAAGGAUGUCUUCAGGCCAGCGACCGACUCCUCGUGGUGCCCCGCCACCACCAAACCGCCCAGGACCCCUGGGGCCCUUCAAUAACAGUGCUGACAGCCCUCAGGCUCCAAGCCGCCCAAACAGGGCCCCUCCUAGUAUCCCCAGCCGGCGGCCUCCUCCAUCUCCUACAAGACAAGUCCCACCAUAAACAUCCAAAGAGGGUUCCUCAUUCCCUUAUCUCCCUCCCUCAUCCACCCCAUCCCUCCUUUCUUAGCCAUGGCUCUGCUGUCCAGGUCUCUCCUUUGUCUUUAACUCCUCUGACCCUCACUUUCCUGCUAGGUGACGAUGUUGAUAUAUCUAUGUACAGUAUGGUACUUGUCUCGUGGUGUAUGUGUAUGUGUGCUUGUUGCUCGCCUGUGUUCCAGGUUUGCUUAGCAGAUCCACUACCCAGUUUCAGUCCCUGGAAUCUCUUUCCCCCUCACAAACCCUUCCCCAAGUUAGCCAUUAUUCCCACUUGCUGCUUCUACAUGAAAAUAUGCUCAGCGGUCGUACUGUCAUCCAAAACGCAGCAUGGCACAUAAGCUGCUAUUAUUGCAUGGGAGUGUGUGUAUGUAGAGUAUGUGUGUGUGUGUGUGCGUAUGUAUAUGGUGUGGGUGGGUGGGGGACUAAUUUGCCUAUAUGUAGGCUGAGUUUGAGUUAAUAAUUUAUUGCAUAUUGCCCCUCUACAGUAAGUGUUAAUUAUCAGCUUAAUGUUCUCUUAGGAACAGAAGUUGUAUAUUAGUACAGUAUGUGUGUGUGUAUGUGCAGGUUUGUGUGCAAAUAAAUCUGCGUAUAUGAAUGUGUGGGGAGGACAAGUGUGUAUGUGCUGUCUGUCUGCAUGUUUGUUGGUGAUUCAGUUUUAUUUGUUUUCAUGAUCAAAGCUAUUAAUGAUGAUUCAUAAAACCCUUCAGGCUAAAUUUAAUGUUGGACUUUUGUGAGUUGUUCCUGUGUUGUAGUAGCAGCCAUACACACAUAGCAAGGCUGAGGAGCACCUUAAGUAUUAUCUAUAUGGAAACAGCCUCAACAACAUUUAACCUUGUCAUAGGUGUCCACCUGUGCUGUACCAAUGGUCAAGUUGUGACCCUUGCAGCCUUAAGCUCCUAUUCAGAUGCUGAUUGGUGAGAUUGAAUGUGCCGCUUGAAAAAGAAAAAUGUUACUACCUAAAAUGGUAAAAGUCAUUUGUAAGUUUUUCCACAAAUGAACAAAGAGCAUGCUUUUAUACAUUUCCGCUUAGGCUUUUUCUCAGGUUUGAAACAUGAAACCCCUUGCACAUCACAAAUUAGCCCUCUAUCUUAUUUCUCAGCUCUUCUAGCUUACUUCCCCUUCUCACAAUCAUUGAAACCAGGAGGUCAGUCAGCAUCUGCAUUAGAGCUUAAGGUAGUAGCCUGUUGUCAAUGUUCAAGUGCUUCUCUGUCAGUUUGUUAUUGUGUAUGUAGUCCCAAACUGUUCUGAUGUAUAUAGUUAAUGAUAAAGAGAUACUGUACCUGUGGACUAUAAAGACCUCAUCAAGGAUCUUAGCGCUUUAAUCGUUCUCUCUCUCUCUCUAGCCACUAAACGCUCUCUUCUAUCUAAUUUAGACUGCCUUACUGGCAUGAAUUACAAUUCUGUGUUGCCAAAGCAAAAUGUAGAAAGAGAAAUGUAAAGCCGAGAAAUACAUCUACUCAAGACUAACAAUUAAAUGGUUCCAGUUGUAGUGAGGUGGCAUUGCUUAGCAGGGGACAUAAUGUUAAACUGGGAAAAUGCAUCGGGUGUUAUUUUCUGUGUCUCUGUAUUGCUCUUCAAUAAACUUCUUCCCCAUAA